AAUCAAGGCCUUAAAAAGCUGAAGAAUUUGGAUCAUAUUUUAGAACUCGGGACUUGCCCAAAUCGAGGGCACAGCAAGGGCCCUUGUCGCUCCUAUAAAACUCAAGGAGGCUUGUUUCUUCUCGGCAUUUUUGGCGCCAUUACUGACCAUCGUCUGCGCGCGAACGAACUGGCACAGUCUCUUUAGAGAGAGAGAGAGAGAGAGAGAGAGAGAGAGAGACUUAACCAAGUCCAUCAAUGGCGGAGGGGGUCACUAUAAUGGACAUCGACGACGACAGCUCCCUCAAACAGAGCUACAACAAGGGCAAAAACGUGGACGCACCAACCGACACCAAAGCCACUCCUUGGGUCGAAAAGUACCGCCCCCAGUCCCUCGCCGACGUCGCCGCCCAUCGCGACAUCGUCGACACCAUUGAUAGGCUUACUAGCGAGAACAAAUUGCCGCAUUUGUUACUGUACGGGCCUCCCGGGACGGGCAAGACGUCGACGAUUCUUGCGGUGGCCCGGAAACUGUACGGGACGCAGAUGCACAACAUGGUCUUGGAGCUGAAUGCGUCAGACGAACGCGGGAUUGAUGUUGUUAGGCAGCAGAUUCAGGAUUUUGCUAGCACUCAGAGCUUCUCUUUUGGACCAAAAUCAUCAGUGAAGUUGGUCUUAUUGGACGAGGCAGAUGCCAUGACAAAGGAUGCUCAAUUUGCCCUGCGUCGAGUGAUUGAGAAGUAUACAAAAAACACUAGGUUUGCUCUUAUCUGUAAUCAUGUCAACAAGAUAAUUCCAGCUCUGCAAUCAAGAUGUACUCGAUUUCGUUUUGCUCCUCUUGAUGCCAUUCAUGUUUCUGAGCGACUUAAACAUGUUAUUCGUGCUGAAGGGCUCGAUGUAACCGAGGGUGGUUUGGCAGCUCUUGUCCGACUUUGCAAUGGUGACAUGAGAAAGGCUUUGAACAUUUUGCAGUCUACACAUAUGGCUUCCCAGCAGCAGAUAACAGAAGAAGCUGUCUACUUGUGCACUGGAAAUCCAUUGCCGAAAGACAUUGAGCAAAUAUCACACUGGCUUCUGAAUGAAGCAUUCACAGUUAGUUUUAGACGAAUAUCUGAAUUGAAGACAAGAAAAGGAUUAGCUUUGGUGGAUAUUGCACGAGAAGUAACCAUGUUUGUCUUUAGGAUCAAGAUGCCACCAGAUGUUCGUGUUCAACUAAUCAAUGACUUGGCUGAUAUUGAAUACAGGUUGAGUUUUGGAUGCAAUGAUAAGUUGCAGCUCGGCUCGCUCAUUUCUACCUUCACACAAGCUCGAGCUGCUCUGGUUGCCGCAGCAAAGUAGCCAUCAGAUGUGCUGCUUUCUCAAGUCAUUCUAUAUGCAUAUUAUGCUUUAUCUAUCAUCAUGUGGGUUAAGUGAAUAGCUUCUGGGUUUGAAACUAUUGAAGGUAUCCCAUCUCCUCCAAUCAUGGGGAAUUUAGAAUGUAGAGUUUUCAGCUUGGUACUUGAUCAAGGCUGCAUUAGUUUUGGUUUUUGGCCCUUUUCUGGUACUGUAUCAGCGUGUAGAAUCGAUGAGGUUUAUUGAUACAAUCCCUCCAAUUGUAUUUUGCACUUUCUGGUA